CAGUUUUCUCGGCUUCCAAAGCUGAUUAUUAGUGCAAAUUUUCGAUAAUUUAAAGUGGUCACAAAUUAUCAUCGAUUAUUGAGUAAUUAGCAAACAUGGCCGAAGAAUUAACACAAUCGCCCAUCGCUUUGCACAAGAGACUCAGUAUUUCACGUGAAGCGGAGCUUUUGCAAAGCUUUGUGGGGGUUCACAUUGUCGAUGACGACUCUAUGUCAAAAUCUGAGGAAGUGAAAACCGAGGAACCAAAAAGUGAGAAAGAAAUUAAAGAUGGCGAUGAUGGUAAGAAAAAAACAGACGAAUCGAUACCACCCCCACAAGAAUUGAAUGAGGAAAUCAAAAAGAAGGGAAAAAGAAGAAAGAGACGUAAUGGGCCCAGACGUGAAGAACUCUACUGUGACAAAGAUAGAGCUGCAGCUGUCAAUAUGGGAUCUAAGGACAUAAAACAAUCCUUGAAACUAAAAAGAAAGGAGGAUCGAUCUAAAGCACUACAAAUUCCUGAAGAGGCGGAGCCUGGCACAUUUUUGGCCUUGGGCAAUUACGAAAUGUGCAGGGGGGAUCUUCAAAUUGCAAUAAAUUUUAUGUCAAAGGCUCUGGAGCUGAAUCCGACCGAGAAAAGCGCUCUCGUCGCAAGAAGUAAAUGUUACAUUCUCCUGGGUCAACCAGAGAACGCUUUAAAGGACGCAGAGACUGCCCUCAACAUUGACAAAACCUACCUGAGGGCAAUCUACCAGAAAGCCGAAGCCCUCUACUAUCUCGGAGACUUCGAGCACAGCCUCAUGUACUACCACAGAGGUCUCCACAUCCGACCCGAUCACGAAGACUUCAAACUGGGGGUGCACAAGGCCCAGAAAGCCAUCGAAAAUGCAAUCGGAUCGCCUAAUGUUUUCGCCAAUUUGCUAACACCCAAAUCUACGUCGAAGACAAGUAGUCCGGAGUCGACGGAGUCGGGGAAAACCGAGCAAAGGACGACUCCGGGGUCCAAAGUAAAGUCGGCACGGAAAAGCAGACUGCUAAGGGAGUUGGGGCCUGAUAAGGAGUAUCUCGAUAAUUUGAUGAAGAAUCCGAAUUUGAAAUGUAAAUUCAAGGAGGAUGAUUCAAGCAUUAUUAAAACUAUCGAAGAAACUGUUGAAUAUUUAAAUUCCAGACAGGAGUUCUGGAGACAACAGUUACCAGCACAUUUAAAAUGAAGGAACACAU